GUUCUGUGGUGAUUGGUGAAUGAGCUUCGGAGAUAAACAAUCUCAAUCUCAAUAAACAAUAUUCAAAACGAAUUUCUAAAGAUAAAAUAGAUGUGAAGGAGUUGUAAAACGUCAACAAUAAAAAUGGAUAUAGAUAGUGAUGAAGAUGUCAUUAAAGAAAAACCAAAACAUAUUAUUAUUAAAAAUUCUACUGAUUUACAGAGAAUGAAACUCGAAAAGUUGAUGAAAAAUCCUGAAAAACCUGUUGUAAUACCAGAAAAACCUAAAGCGAGAGGUGUACCAGCAGUUCCAGAUUUUGUAAGAAAUGUUAUGGGUUCUAGUGCCGGGGCUGGUUCAGGAGAAUUUCACGUUUAUCGACAUUUGAGGCGGAAAGAAUAUGCCAGACAGAAGUAUAUGCAAGAGAAAGGAGAAAGGGAACGAUUGGAUGAAGAAUAUCAUAAAAAACUAGAAGAGAAUCGACUUUUAGCAGAAGCUAAAACUGCCAAGAAGAGAGCAAAGAGAUUGAAGAAAAAGGGGAAAAAUAAGCAAAAAGGAAAAAAAAUUAAACUUCAGAAAAAUACUUCAGAUUCAGAAAGUGAAUCAACUAGUGAAGCAGAAUCUACAAAUGAAGAUGAGAACAAUGGUCAAAGUAUCAUAAAAGAAACACCAAAAAAUGAAUUAAAGGAGGAAAUUAAAGAUAUUCAAAAUGAAAGUGAUUUAGCAAAUGAAGAUAUACAUGUAUCUUCAAGACGAAGUGAUGAAAAUAAAGAUGAUGAAUAAUUGAAAAUCUGAAAAUGAUUACAGAAAUGAAAAUUUUGUAACAAAAAUUUUCUUGCUUGGCGUCAAUUAUGUCUUCUUUUAAGUAAGAUACUGAAACAUCAGCUCUUUUCACAGAAUGAUUUUUAAAAAUAAUUGCGCUUUUCAGCAACAAAUUAUGAUUAGUUGACAAAGAAAACACUGUCCUACUAUUCUCAAUAAUUUUAUCAAUUAAACAUUCUAUUGGAAGGUAUAAAUAUAACUUAUUUUUAAAUAA